AUGAAUCCUCUUCUUCAACACCCAAGUUACAAACCAUCAAAUCUCACUAUUGAUGUUGCAGGAAAGAGGUUUCGUUUUGGGACGAUUGGCGAAGAAAAAGUCAUAUUGGUCAUGACGGGAUUAGCCAUGCUAAAUGCAGGUAUUACCACACAAUUAUUGUUGACUUUGUUCAAUGUCAAAGGAGUUGUGCACUAUGGUAUUGCUGGGAAUGCAAAUCCACAGUUUAAUUUGGGUGAUGUUACUAUUCCCCAAUAUUGGGCUCAUUCAGCUCUUUGGAGUUGGCAGAGACAUGGGAAUGGACCAGAAAAUGAGCUGCCCCUGGAAGCUUUUGGCGACUACACAAGAGAAAUCGGGUUCAUAAAUUUUGCGAGUUAUGCCACAAAUGUGAGUAAAUGCCCGGAAAAUGACAAUUUAUUGAACAACAUUUGGUUCCAACCGGAGGAGAUAUUCCCUGUGGACGGCACACCGGAAGAUAGGCAGCACGCCUUUUGGGUACCCGUUGAUCAAAAUUAUUUUCAACUCUCCCAAAAAUUAGAGGGAAUGAAGCUCGAGAGGUGCAUAAACGCCACCACGUGCCUAGACCGGCCUCCCAAAGUCAUGCGGGUGGCGCGUGGGGCCAGCGCCAGCAUCUACGUGGACAACGCCGCCUUCAGAGACUUCCUCCACCACAAAUUCGAAAUCACCGUAAUCGAGAUGGAGAGCGCCGCCGUGGCCCUUGUCUGUCGCCAGCAGCGCGUCCCCUUCAUCAUCUUCCGAGCGCUCUCUGACCUCGCCGGCGGCGGCUACGCCGAGUCGAACGAGGCCGACGCAUUCACACCGCUGGCGGCAAACAACUCUGUGACGGUGGUGGUGGAGUUCGUCCGGCUGUUGGGUGCCUCCGGCCGCCAUGUGGAGCGGCUCCGCGUCAUGAAACACUAG